UGUUUUUGCUUAGAUGGAUUGAUUCCUAUCAAAGAAGAAGAAUUCCAUAUAAGAAGGGAAGACUGCUUUUUGUGGGUGUCACGUAACCAACUAUGAUGCUUCCAAAUAUCAAAUUCAUACUUUUUCUAUUUUGAAAGCAGAAGAAACGUCUCCUCUUUGGCCAACUUCUUUACGCAAGAGUUGUGUGGUGUUUUCAAACGAAAAACAGAGCUGUGAAAUGGAUACUUCCUAUCCCACACCCAUAGCUCCGACCAAGACGAGAAUUGGGUUUGUCGGAAUCGGGGUGAUGGGCGGCGCCAUGGCUUCUCGCCUUCUCUCUGCCGGCUAUACCGUCAGUAUCUUCGCCCGCACUCCUUCCAAGGCCGCUCCUCUGCACUCCAAAGGCGCCCAUUUGGCUUCCACCCUUGCCGACCUUGCAGGUCUGAGUGAUGUGAUCUUUACUAUGUUGGGGCACCCGUCAGAUGUUCGACAAAUUGUGUUAGAGAAUCUCCUCCCCUGUCUCAACCCCAACACCGUUAUUGUGGAUCAUACUACUAGCCACCCGACAUUGGCCAAGCUCAUAUACGAUUCCGCCCUUCAAAGGAACUGCCAUUCCGUUGAUGCUCCGGUCUCCGGGGGUGACAUUGGUGCUAGAGAUGGUAAAUUGGCAAUUCUAGCUGGGGGAAAUGAGGAUGUGGUGAAUUGGUUGAAACCAUUGUUUGAUGAGAUGGGGAGAGUCACAUAUGUUGGGGGGCCUGGAAAGGGUCAGCAUUGUAAGAUCGCGAACCAGAUUACCGUGGGAGCGAAUUUAUUGGGGUUGAGUGAAGGGCUUGUUUUCGCGGAGAAAGCAGGAUUGGACAAAUCCAAGUUCUUGGAGGCAGUGACAGGCGGUGCUGCUGGAUCCAUGGUGCUGGAACUGUUUGGGGAGAGGAUGAUAAAAAGGGACUUCAAACCCGGGGGUUUCGCGGAGUAUAUGGUGAAAGACUUGGGAAUGGGAGUGGAUGUUGAGGAGGAAGAAGGUACUCAGGUGGUGGUGUUGCCUGGUGCUGCUCUGUCUAAACAGUUGUUUGCUGCAAUGGUGGCUAAUGGUGGUGGGAAGCUUGGUACUCAGGGGCUAAUAUCAGUCAUAGAGAAGAUCAAUGGCCAUUGAGAAAAUGCAAUCAACCAAAUGGGGAAGAGCUUGGAAUUUCAUGGCUCAUUUAUCACUCAGAAUCUUACAUCGUGCUUUAAAAUUUAAUUCAAUUCUGCUAGCUCGCAACUCCAAAAGGGUUGUUGUUCGGUUACUUGUAGAGUUUGGUUAUGGCUUCUUCUUGUUAUUUAGUCGAUGAGUAAAACGUAUUAUGUUGUACAAUGUACAUAGACCAAACUGUUUUGGGAAUUGCAAAGAUGUCUUCCUUGAUUUAUAUCAGUUUCAAUUAGAAUUAUAUUCCUCCG